UUCUUCGUCAACCACAUGUUUCUGCCUCCAAAGCUUCCCCAGGAGAACGACUACGAUCCCAACCUCGAUAAAGCCCUCCUGCGACUGGUAGCGGAAGCGCUGACCAGUUUAACUGGGUCUCUACCUUCUGAGCAACGUUCAGACGUAAAGAAUUUUGUGGCAGCCGUCUCGUGCCAGAUCAGAUCGCAUAAUGCCAACGGAGCGGUGGACGGAGCAAAGCUGCUUGAAGCAUUUGGAGAUCUCCGUGAUGCUGCUACUGGUACUGCAAUUCCCCUGCAUAUCAUUGCUCAGAAUGCGGGAGUCAUCAUCAGCAAGCGCGCAGAUGGCAUUGACUUUGAAGCAUUCGAGCUUUCUGCUAGCAACCACGCCGUCAUGUCCACCCAAGGAAGGCUUCGACGCUGCUUUCCAGGCCCUGCUCUAACGAUAGAGACGUGCAACUUUGAAGAACGGGGAUUGCAAGUCACCAUCGCCGAGACGCUAUCGAAGAUGAGUUCUCAAAAAGACACUGCAAUGAUGCCAGUCAUCCAAAAAUCUAAAAACGAUAUCGAAGAGAUCCGCGAUACAAUGCACCCAGGACACGUUACUGAGCUUCUCAUCAGCUUCCUGAUGCCAUUUUCCAAGCCGUCUGAGACAUCAAGGGUCUGGAAGAAUGUCCGAGAUGAAGUCUUGUGGAAAAGCACCCACCUCCCUUGGCGCCGCUCACCUCUUUGGCUACAUUUGCGCGUGGUGAUGCAGCUGCUCCUCACCCGGUCUCGACCCUGCGAUGACUCCAUGAAGAGCCAUGGUGCUUGCACUUACAAGCUAUGUCUUCUGCAUAUCCUUGCUACCGUCUUGCAAAAGGCCUUGCGCUUAGGACACUCGAUACAACUCGAUCUUCUCCACUGCAUGAGCGCCAAGAUUGUUCGCCGCAUGCACAAGUUGAACUUUUUUGACGAUCAGCCUGGUACUGACUUCAUCAAGAGCGUACUUGAGACAACCGACGUACAUGUUUCCCGCCGAUGGAUGGUUAUUCAACAACACAAUGCAAAAGUACUGGACCUUACCCACCUCGCGUCCCUCGAGUUCGACAAGGACCUGGCGCUGUCAUUGCCCGAGCUUGACACACACCUGUCUCAAAUGUCGACUAGAGCAUCUACAAUGGAGAGCUCGCAAUUCAUACCAGUUGGGGAGUUGGUAACAUUUUUUGUGUCAGAAUUUCCAUCUAUCGACUUCGGCUGCUCGCCCGAAUACACAGUAUACAACCUGAGUGGGCUUGAAGGUUGGGUGUCUCAGCAUCUCACGACCUGGCUGGAAGAUAAGCUCAAUAAUGUUGAGACUUGCUCAGCCCUCAGGACACUGAUGGAGGAGUAUCACAGAGAAACUCGCAAUUCUGAUAAGAACAACCCUGAGCGGAAAUCCAUCAUGUUUCUCACCCUGCUCGAGAUAUGGGUUGCGCUCGACCAGUCCGCCAUCGCUCAGCUGCCCAUGCUUGCAGACUAUGAUCCUCGUAUUCCCUACGAACAAUUUCAGUGCUUCAUCAUGCCUAAGGCAGACCAUCUGUUUCGCUUGAGGCAUGUGGAAAACUACAUCAAGCAGAGGGUCGCGCAGGCCACGUAUGGCAGUCCAGGCUCCAUCUUCAUGGGUUUCGGAACCGAAAACAGCUACUCUGUCAGACAUUACAAUCGUUCUUCCGAACACCAAGACCUACGACAUCAAAUCGAAGUUGAUGCCACCGAGCAACGUCGUCGAAAACUCGAAGAGCUGGUGAGAAAACAGCAAGAGCAUAAGGAUCUCAUGCGCAGGCAUGACGCACUGGAUCACGAGUAUUAUCAACGAACUGAUAGGUGGGGCGAGACAUGGUCAGAUCACUCAGCUUAUUGUGGAAAAUGUUCCUACAGGAGAGAUGCCGAUAAUAUUGGGAUCACAAUACACGAAUGGCCACUGCCUACCAAGGAGCUCGAUGUCAAGUCAGUCGUGUUUGAACUUCACGCGCCGCCAGCUUUUUGCACUUGGCGGGAUGCCACCAUGUUCCUGAUCCAGGACGUGCUUGGUUCUGAGUAUGCAACUCAGUCUCAUGCGCGUGCGGAGCACCCGUUAGCAAAAUAUCAAGCGCUGCAAGAUUACUUUCACUCCUAUAGCAAACACCGCCGCAUUGGGUUGCUUUCAGAGACCAAGCCACACGUCGUCACACACCGAAACUUGAUGUUCUCGGUGGACACCGUUACUAGCGACCGGAUUUGCCUCCACAAUGGCCUGCGACUACGGUACUUUGAUGAAGAUCUGGACAUGUUUGUUGUCGAAAUCUCUCACAAAGACGCUGUUCUAAAGGCAUGCACCUAUUCGCUCCCUUCCGAGUCGUCUGCACUGGAGAGAUUCCUUCUCCGCCGUUUUCAAGGCAAAGACUCAACGCCAAACGAGGUAAUCGCUGCACAAUCUGAGUGCCCCGAGCACCUCUCACUUGCUGAAUUCAGAGCAUUAGCAAGUAUUCCCGUGGGGUACCGACUGCAGUGGAUGAAUAUCCUUGGACAAAUCAAAUGCCCGAUACUCGACCUGAAGAAGGUAGAAGCUAGCCUCGUAGUCCUUCAAGCGAUUUACCAGGCAGGACCCCCCGAGGCUGACGAUUACCGGCGGAGUGGGCAUCGAAUCCUUGCAGACCAUAUGUUUGCCGUGGGCAUCCUCAACGCUGUUGAGGAAGCUGCAACAAGGAUCGAAGAAAAUUGGGAAUCUAUGACAGCCAUGGGUGUCCUCGUUUCGGUUGUGGUGCGCCUUUUAUCCCUCACGCCUCUCACGCCUGGCAGGGACAUCAGUGAACAGACGUUGGGCCUCUUGUCUCGGUUACGAAAAAUUGUCUUCAGCUGGGUGCAGAUACUUGUCAAAAAGUUUGAGGAUUCCAAGGACAGUCAUCAGAGGAGCCAGUUCCGGACAAAAGUCGUCGAAGCUGCAUUAGUCUGCUGCCAGACGUUUGACGUCGACGAGCCAGAUUUCAGGGAAGUCAUUCGGAGUUCUAAGAAUGCUUCGAUCCUCAUUCAGUGCAGCAUUCUCAUUCAUGACCAUUAUUCGGCGAAAUCAGCCUCAAAGGACAGUGGUUUGACACACAUUCUUCAUAGGAGGUGGCAAGAAACCUCGUAUCAAGUGUACAAAUCGCUUGCAUGCAUGAUCCUCCGGAGAGACACCUCAACAUGCCUUGACUCUGCUGUGAAGGCAUCUUGGCCCGAAUUUGAACGUGGCAAUCAAUGGCAGACUGCUGAAGGCACGGAAUACUGGGUCGUCAGCAAGACCGUUGCGAGCGAAGGGCGACAGCUGGCAGUCCACUACAACUUGGUGACAGGGCAACUGAUGGUCGAUGGCGCACCUCUUUCUAGGCUUCCGUUUGACUACGAGAGCCAUGUCACCUUUAUCGACCUGUUUGACAAUGAAAUUUUCGAGAUCGUGCCGAGUAGGAUGCAUGCCAUGCGUUUCUCCUCCAAGCGAACAUAUAUGGACCACUCCCUUCACUUUGGAAAGCACGGAAACCAUCUUCUCAUUCGCGCUUUGAGAGAUUCCAUUACCUGGGAGUUGCUUCCGAGGAGCUUGUUCGAUGGAAGAUUGCCACAAUUCUUCUUGGAUGAGUUCUUCCACUGGUACAACACAAGUACUGGAGUGGUAGAGUUGCGUGUCAAGAACAGACCCUGGUCCAGCGACAAUUGUUGGCAGCUGAAAUCCACUUCGGGUCAGUGGUUUCUUGAGAGACAAGGAAGAACCCUCGUCAAUCCGCAAAGCGACACUGGGCGGGCACUCGCUUUGGUCUUCUCCUCACUUCAGGGUCCAUCUCGCAUCAAUCUGACUCUCCUAGCUGACAGAGAGACCUUGGAAAUCGAACUUCCUAGGUUGCAGAUGGAUUUCAGCCUGAAGAAGGGAAGUACUUCGGUAUUGUCCAGAAAGCAGAGAGGCUUCGAAGUCGACACUAGUCAGUCUUUUGGCACCUUGAUUGGUCUCAAGUCAAAGCUCGUUCUGAAGGAUUUGCGCAGCCAUGACCGUAAGGUUUUGAUACCAGACGGAACUGUUAUUGUUGCACCAGAUGGAGACCAUUCAUCGGUUUCAAUUGCUACGAUUGCUACCAAACCCACGUCACCACACGUGUUUGGUGUCAACGAAUUGUUGCAGAAGCUGACUGAUACCGGGGGCCUUCGGAGCAAAUUAUUCCUCUGCUACCUGCACGGAUUGACCUCAUCGUGCCUACCAGAUCCGUUAACAGUUCGAACUGGUACGGAACAGUCACUCUCAAUUUUGAAAGGGGCGGCGGUGUGCUCUUUUGAGAACUUGUCGUCGCAAGACCUGGAAAUCCUUCAGCAAAUCGAUUCUCUCACCCCUCGACGCAAGUUCUAUCCUGAACAUUUGUGCGUCAUGCAAACCGUGGAAUGGAAUGAGAGGAUCCCCAUUCUUUCCCAACAUUCGUACUUUCAUGUCGCUGUGCAGAAGCUUUUCAAACAAGCCAGGAUGGCUAAGAUCUAUUUUCCGGAUCGAUAUGUUGAGCCUCCACUACUUGAGGACGUUCACCCGGGCUUGCUCAAGAGAGACCUGGUGCGCUCGUCAUCAUGCCGUGUCUCACGUUUCGGGGCUGAAGAGUCAAAUACGAAUUUGGAUGCAACCUAUUCAUCUAGAGACAUGCAGCAAUCUUCAGAGAGAGCAAAACAGGCUCAAUUCAUCUCUGACGUGCUCUUCCGCAAAGAUUAUCCACAAUUGUGCCAAGCACUUUCCCAAUCAAGGCUGGGAGAACGCAUUUGGGACACAUUCCAGACUGUCGGCUCUGUGAAAGGGGUGGGGGCCAAUACAGAGAUAUCGGAAGAUGAUCUUGCAUACGAUGCCAAGUGGUUGAUCAACCAUCCAAAAUAUUGGGCCGAGAUCUGGUGCUGGAUGCACGAGCACGCGCAAGAUGGCAAGUUUGAAGCCUCGUCACAAUGUUUUCGAUUGAUGAUGUGGUUUGCGACCAUGGCAUAUGCUCCAGAGGCUGCGUUACAUCUGAUUCACACAGCGGCCGCGAUGUUCAUUCAUACCGGUACCAAAGCCAUUUCAAUGAAUCAGUUGCCCUCUGAGACAGCAUCAUAUUCGCUCACAGAAGGCGAAAAAGUUGUUCCUCACAAAGUAGAGGCAAUAAUCUCGAACAGCUUCCGUCCGCUACAAGACUGUCCCGAGGGACUAUUUUCGCAUAAGUCUCAUGAGACCCACGAGGAGUAUCGAAACAGGCAAGACAACUCAUACAGAUGGAAUCGAGAUCGAGCAAGUACACAACUUCUGGAGCACGUGGAGCGAGGGUUUCCAUCUCCAAUGCUAAGUCUACCUUCGGGCAGCCUGCGGGCCUUCCUGGGAGAUUACAUGGAUUUUCAUAAAGCGACCCGUGAUAUUCAGCCGUUGUACAAGAUCUGGCAUGACAACCAUCUUUUCAAGAAGUACCUUCUCAGCAUCGAAGAAGUGAUCAACCAGCAGCCCAGUUCCAUGCCUCUGAACAUUCAGACGCUCCAAAUCGAGCUGCCUGAUUAUUCUCCUACUGUUACCCAAGGGUAUAUUGGGACGGCUGAUGUAUUUGGAGUUGCUUCUCCUGGAGAAGUGCCUGAUCAGCCACGGAUUCCAUCAGAUUUGUUAUUGCUAUCAGGCUCUCAUCUUGAUUUAUUGAUCGAAAGAAAGCUUAAGGCCGCCAAAUCUACUUUCGAAGGGCGGUACGCACUGAAGCUGCGACAGAGCCAAAUCAAAUGGAAGCAGGAUUCUGGCGAUGUUCAGCAGUGUAUGCUUCGGAUGGGCAAAGACCUUCUGCAAUCCACGCUCAGGGAUCAUGUUCUUAAGACGAAAAACCAUAUGGAAUCACUGCGUGACUCCAUGGUCACUUCAAUACGUUCUGGUCUGAAAGGAAGAUCACUUGCAGACUCCCUACACCAUUCUCCUCGGCUGUCGUCAGUCUUUUUCCUCCAUCAGCUCUCUGAAAAUGGAUGGGAAGACGGCGAUGGAUGGAGCCAUCUGCCAGCCGUAUGGCGACCCUGGAUCGUCGCCUACGGCAUUGCCGUAACGGAAUUUCAGCGCGCUGAACGAUUACUCCGUUCUGUUAGGGAUCAAAAUCAGUUGAUCCAGGAACUGCAGAAUGAAGGACACACGAACUGGGACCCAAUGAAAUACCCCGAGUCUCUUCUCAUUGAGGUAGAGAGCGACUUCCUGGUCAGGAGUGUGCAAGAAGACAUUGCUGAGAAAAUGAGGAGCCCUCCACAUGGGCAGAAUACGGUGAUGCAACUCAACAUGGGAGAGGGGAAGUCUUCAGUCAUUGUUCCGAUCGUGGCAGCAGCUUUGGCGAAUGGCCACAAGCUAGUACGCGUCAUUGUCGCAAAGCCUCAGUCUCGUCAGAUGCUUCGAAUGCUCGUUUCGAAACUUGGCGGGCUUUUGAACAGAAGAAUCUUCCACCUUCCCUUCUCGCGAUCCCUUCAACUGACGAAAGCAGAUGCCCAGAAUAUUCUUCAUGAGUCUCGCCUUUGCAUGAAUGCCCGUGGAGUCAUGCUUGUACAGCCAGAGCAUAUUCUUUCUUUCAAACUUAUGGGACUCGAGUCCUUCAUCUCGGACAGAGAAACUAUAGGGCGAAGCUUGGUACAGACGCAGGACUUCUUUGACAACAAUACUCGAGAUAUCGUGGACGAAAGCGACGAAAACUUCAGCACAAAGUUCGAGCUGAUCUACACAAUGGGUACGCAGAGCUUGAUAGACUUUGCACCCGAUCGGUGGAUAGUUACCCAAACAGUCCUUGGGGUUAUCAGGGACUAUGCGCCGAAGGUGAAGGAAAUGCUGCCCCUAUCCAUUGAGGUCUCGGCCCGAACGGAAGGUGGAUUUCCUCGCGUCCGAAUAAUCGAGAAAAAGGCGAUGAUGAAGCUGCUCGAAGGGGUAGCACUGCAUAUCUGUACGAAAGGCUUUUCCGGGUUCCCUAUCUCACGUCAAGAACCUCACUCUCGCAAGUCCGUUCUAAGGUACAUCACUCAAAAGGACUUGUCCUUGACCGACAAGAAGUAUGUUGAGGAUAGCGCCUUCUGGACUGACACAACCAAGAGCUACAUUUUGCUCCUCCGCGGUCUCUUCGCAAAAGGCAUACUCGCCUUCAUUUUCGGUCAAAAGCGCUGGCGCGUCAAUUAUGGCCUCGACAAAACCAGGCGUCCAUCGACCAGGCUUGCUGUGCCUUAUCGAGCCAAGGACAGCCCAUCUCCGCGUUCAGAGUUCAGCCACCCCGAUGUGACAAUUGGUCUCACCUCUCUCUGCUAUUAUUACCAAGGCUUAGACGACAAGGACCUUUUCCAGACAUUUAGCCACCUGCUAGAGUCAGACCAAGCCACUCAGGAAUUUGGGUCCUGGCUUAAGGAUUCGCACGGCCUUGCGCAUGGUUUUCGCCAAUUGAUGGGCAUUAACCUGAAAGACACAGUUCAGUGCAAAACCGAAGUCUUCCCAUCAUUUCGAUACGCUAAACGCACCAUCGACUACUUUCUGCAACAUAUCGUGUUCUCAAAGCAGAUGAAGGAAUUUCCCAAGAAACUGUCUGCCUCCGGCUGGGAUUUGGCAGUUGCCAAAACUCAUCCGACUACAGGAUUUAGCGGUACCAUCGACUCAGCGCCCGUUCUGCCCCUUCAGAUGCAUUAUCUGGACCUGCCAGACCAAGAGGGGACCAACGCCCAAGUUCUGAAUUAUUUGUUGGGGCCCGAGAAUAAAGUUCUCUUGUUGUCCCCACCCGCGGAGAGCUCCGAUCUCGAGGCUUGCGGUGGUUCACAGCCAACUUCGGACGCAGAAACACUUCUCACAGCUGUCACUGGUCAAAUGGACUCAUGUCUCCGAGUCAUUCUUGACGUCGGUGCGCAGAUUAUCGAGCUGACGAAUUUGGAAGUGGCGCGCAAUUGGUUGAGCAAGGUACACGAGCAGGAUCAAUCUGUCCAAGCAGCGAUCUACUUCGACGACAACGAUGAGAUGAUGGUGCUCAACAACAUGGACAUAACCGAGGCCUUCUGGACGUCCCCUUACGUUGAUCAAUUGGACACAUGUCUCGUUUUUCUGGACGAAGCUCACACCAGGGGGAUAGACCUGAGACUGCCUGGGUACUACAAGGCAGCCGUGACACUGGGUGCCAAUCUUACCAAAGAUCGACUGGUCCAAGCUUGCAUGAGAAUGCGCAAGCUGGGCAAGGGGCAGUCUGUCGUCUUCUGCGUUCCUCCUGAAAUCCAGACGAAGAUUCGUGAGGCGACAUCUGGGGAUAAUGAUCAAACUCGAACCGUCCUCCACAAUAGCAACAUUGGCGUGGAAGACGUUAUCGACUGGGCGAUGAGUGAGACGACCCGCGAGAUCAAAAACAGCAUCUCUUUAUGGGCUGUGCAGGGUCGACGAUUUGUACGCCAGCAAUUCCACGAAGAAGCUGCCCGGACCAGUGACGGGAUCAAAAUGACUGCCGAGAUCGCUGAAGAGUUUCUUGAAGACGAAGCCCAGACAAUCGAGCACCGAUACCGACCUUUGCGCGAGACACCCUCAGACGAACAUACUCGUCACGAAGGCUCCAUGAGUGAUCUGGCGGAGAUCGAGGCCCGCUGUCGAGAUUUUGGGCCACUUAAUGCGAAUAACGCUACGCUGGAAGAGGAGCAAGAGCGUGAGUUGUCGCCUGAGAUUGAAGAGGAGCGACAAAUCGAGAGACCGCCCCCGGCUGAAGCAGCAGAACACGAGGUUCACCCUCAUGUGACAAAUUUUGCGGCGUUUGGGAAGUGGACAGAAAAGUCCUCUGCCUUUCUGCCCGCGUUCGAGGCCCUCCAGGACACAAGUGCGGCAAUCGAUUUCGACCCAAGCCUCUUUCCACGGGACAUCAUGGUCACAGCUGAUUUUGCGAGAACGGUACAGAAGAGCGCCACAGGGCAUUUUCUGUCAGACGCAUAUCAACGUCCAGUGAACUGGAUCCUGACGAGCCAGCCCAAGAACUGGAAUCAUGUGGUCAUCAUCAGCCCGCACGAGGCCCAAGAGCUGCUACCCCUGAUCCAGACCCACAAGAAGACAACACUGCACAUCUACUGCCCGCGACCAAGCCCGGAGAUUAGGUCUCUUGAUGACCUCAAUUUCUAUACUGUGCCUUCAUCCUCGCUCGCAAAGCUCACACCUUUCCCUCUUCAUCUGAAGACCCAGUUGAACCUGUUCGCAGGUCAACUGUAUCUGAAGUCUGAGCUUGAGUAUCUUGACUUGUGCACAAUGCUCAGGCUAUCGCCACAGGAAGCAGUUGACGGAACCAUCGUCGAAGCUGAUGGAUUUAUUCAAUCUUCUACCUCGACGGACAUCGCAGCCGUUAUCAAGAAAUCUACUUUCACUUCAAGCCCUGUCAGAUUUUUGAAGUCAUUUCUUACAAAGGCGCGUCGCGACUGCCAGUUGAUCGACAAGACACAUCUAGGAAGGAUAUUAGAUGGUGCUUUGCUUCAAACGAGCGACUUU